AAAAAAAAUAAAAAACAAAAACUUUUAAAGACUUUAAAGAAGAAGAAGAAAAAAAGUGUUAUAAAAAGUGAAUUUUUUAAUAAAAAAAAGUGUUAAAUAAUAAACUUAAAAAGAAAAGAAACAAAUUAAGAAAAAAAAAGAAAAAUGUUGGGCCUAAGAACUUUUUUAGUGGCCUGUUUGGCUGUAAUGAUUUUGAAUAUUCUAAAUGUAACAGAUGCCUAUGCUAUAGGACAAUCAAAAUUGGGACGCAUAGAAAAAUUUCCCUAUCAGGUGAUGUUAAUUGGCAAACAGCUGUGGCGCAAGCGCAUUCUAUGUGGUGGCACUUUAUUAGACAAUCGAUGGAUUUUAACUGCCGGCCAUUGCACUAUGGGUGUAACACAUUUUGAUGUGUACUUGGGCACUAAGAGUGUUGAUGAAUCUUUGGAAUCGGGCAAAGUUAUCUUGAGAAGCAAUAAAUUUAUAGUACAUGAAAGAUUUAAUCCUGUUACGGCUGCCAAUGAUAUAGCUUUGGUUAAAUUACCCGAAGAUGUGCAAUUUACUGCACGCAUUAAACCCGCCACUUUACCCUAUAGCAUGAAAAGUAAUCAAUUUACCGGUUCCAAAGUAGUAGCCACCGGUUGGGGUGCUGCUGGUGAAACUAGAAACUCGGAUCCCAUGCAAUAUACUGAACUUAAAGUCAUCUCGAAUGCUGAGUGUGCUAAUGAAUUUGAUGUUAUAACCGAUGGUGUUAUGUGUGCUAAGGGUUUAAAAGAUGAAACUGUUUGCUCUGGUGAUUCAGGCGGCCCUUUGGUCUUAAAGGGUACACAAAUGGUAGUGGGUAUUACUAGUUUUGGUCCAGCUGAUGGUUGUGAAACUAAUAUUCCUGGGGGUUUUACACGUGUGACCCAUUAUCUAGAUUGGAUUGAUGCUAAAAUUGGUAACAGUCAGCAAACUCAACAUAGACAAACACAACAUAAUCAACACAGACAACAUUUACACUUAAGGGCUGGAGAUCAUCAAAAUGCCAUAUAGACAUUUUGGGGAAACAUCUCCCCUGUCCCCCCUUAAACUAAGCAAAUGGCUGUGUUAAUUAAGGAUGUUGCUGUUACACUAGCAGUAACAUCUGCAACAAUUUAUCUCAUAUUUGACUGACUGAAAUUUAUAGCUUUAUUUUUUUUCUAAUAACAAGUUAUUAUAGUUUUUAAGUGUUAGGAAUUUCAAAUUUUUUUUCUAGUUAAAAAAAAUUCUGUUAAAAUUCCUCUAAAUUAUUACCAGAAACAAAAACUGGCCAAUUUUUUUUGAGCCAAUUAAAUCAUUUUUUAUAUUUAAAUGUGUUAAGAAAAAAAAUUGCCUUUCAAUUUGGUUGUGAUAAGCAAAAAAAAUUUUUAUUUAAAUUAAU